AUGUACCAGCGUGAGGACAUCAACGUGGGAAAGCUGCUCAAGAGGCUGCCUAAGGCAGUACGGAGCAAAGUGCAGGCAAAGGAGUUCCUGGACGAGUGCUGGACCAUUUUCAAGAAAUACGAUGCUUUCCAGAGUGAAAAGCUUGAAGGCUGCAACCUUUGGAAAGCGUUGCUGGAGGCUUUGCCCGAGGCGUUUUCCCAGGCGAUCCUCAAGAACCAGUACGGGUGGUCUUUGCAGCAGGACUCGGUUUAUGCAUUCACUGGCUGCGGCCGCGAUGGUGAGCCUGCUGUUUCCCUUAUUAAGUUCCCCGAGUAUGUCAAGUUCACCCUGGCAUUGAUCCUGCACAAAUAUAGCGCAAACGCCAAUGUCCUCGACUGCAAGAUGGCCCUCAAGCCGCAGGAGCUGGAUCACAGCAAACGCAAGACAAAGGUUGUGGCCAGCCUGGGGCCCGCAUCUUGGAGCGAGGAGAUGAUCCCCAAGAUGAUCGAAGCAGGAACUGACAUUUUCCGUUUGAACUGCUCCCAUCGUCGUGGUGGCGACUUCGAGCGCGUCUACCCAUUGAUCAGGAAGUAUUCGAAGAUGCUGGGCCGUCGUGUGGAAGUCUUGGGAGACCUGCAGGGCCCCAAGUUCCGUGUGGGGGAAUUGGAGGGUGAGCCAGUGCCGUUGAAGGAAGGCGAGGUUGUGGAAUUUGGCAUUUGCAAGGAUGACAAUGACCUCAUCAAGCCGGGCCGCAUCACCAUGAAACCCACCACUGAGCAGCUGGCACUUGUGAAGGCUUGCAAGGUUGGGAUUGAUUUGCUGAUCGAAGAUGGCAUUAUGAAGGUCAACGUAGUGGAGAAGAUUUCCGACACGGAGUUGAAGGUGAAGAUCAUCCGUGGAGGAAAGCUGAAGGCUCGCAAGGGCGUGAAUGUGCCCGAUUGUGAGAUCGAUUGCGCUGCCCUCACCACAAAGGACAUCGAAGAUGCCGAGUAUUUGUUGCAACUUGAUCCUCCCGUGGAGUACAUUUGCGUGUCUUUCGCUCAGAAGGGUCAGGAUCUGCAAGAGCUCAUCGACAUCAUGGAUCGCUUGAAGGUUCCAGCUGACAAACGUCCGAAGAUUUGCCCGAAGAUCGAAAAGCCACAAGCAUUGACCAACAUCGAGGGCAUCAUUGAGAAGUCACAGGCGUUGAUGGUAGCAAGGGGUGACCUGGGCGUUGAGCUCGAGCUGGAGCGUGUGCCCUUCGCACAGAAACUGCUGAUUGCCCGAGCCAAGAAGGCCGGACUUUUUGUCAUCAAUGCCACCCAAAUGGUCGAGAGCAUGAUCGAAAAUCCCGUGCCCACACGGUCUGAAGUGUGCGACCUGCAAAAUGCAGUGUUCGAUGGGGCUGAUGCAGUGAUGCUCAGCGGAGAGGCGGCCAGUGGGAAGUUCCCGUGCGAGGCGGUGAUGGCCGAGGCUGAUGCAGCGCUUGAGGCAGAAGCCGUCCGGGACUUCUUGAAGCCACAGGUUCCCGAUGGCACGGUGGUCGAUGAGGCCAACAAACCGCAGGAGCUUGAUGACAGCAAGCGGCAAACUCAAGUGGUUGCCUCGUUGGGACCUGCGUCUUGGAGCGAGGAGAUGAUUCCAAAGAUGAUCGCGUCAGGGACGAACAUUUUCCGCCUAAACUGUUCCCAUCGCCGUGGUGGUGACUUCGAACGUGUCUAUCCGCUGAUCCGGAAGUAUGCCAAGGGCAGCAUGCCGCUAGUAGGCUCUAAGAUAUGA